UUAAAAGUUAAAAAUUAAAUAAUGGCGGAGGGGGAACCUGUUCGAAAAAGAGCAAGGAUAGAAGAAGAACAUGAGGAGGAAGAGGAGCUUCAGAGUGACGAAGAUAUGGAUAAUAUUGAUAGUAGCCAAGUGCUACUGUCUCCUGCUCCGUCACAAGAUAUCAGAAGAGCAACUGAAGAGCUUAUUGCUAAUAGAUCUGUAGACGAUGGAGUUAUCGAGAAGAUAUUGCUGACUGACUUUAUGUGUCACGCUAAACUUGAAGUGAAGCUCCAGUCGUGCGUCAACUUUAUACUCGGAGAUAAUGGAAGUGGUAAAAGUGCUAUUAUGACCGCCAUCAUUGUUGCACUUGGAGGAAAAGCUCAUUCAACACAGCGUGCUCAAUCUUUGAAGGACUUUAUUCGGACUGGACAAAGUCAAGCAGAGAUACAGCUAACGUUAUCCAAUAAAGGCACAGAGUCAUUUAAAGGAGAUCAAUAUGGACAGCAUAUUACAAUCGUACGCACAAUAAGGAAAGAUAGCUCCUCAUCGUAUAAACUGCAAAGUAGUGACGGGAGAGUGAUUUCACAGCAAAAGGACGAUCUAUUAUUGAUGCUGGACCAUUUUAAUAUUCAGGUUGAUAAUCCAGUAUGUAUGCUAAGUCAGGACACUAGCAGGAAUUUCUUGCAUAGCAAUAAUUCCAGCGAUAAGUAUCAGCUCUUCAUGAAGGGGACUCACCUGGACAAGAUAAGACUGGACUUUAUCAGUGCUAAAGAGGACCAGGCGCUUAUGGAACAGGAAGUCAAUAGGAAGGUUCGGAUGUUGCCGGAACUGCAGAGUAAAGCUCGACGGUACGAGCAGGAACUUCAAGAUAUUGAAAACUUAAAGAAUAUGGAGUCCAGGGAGGAGCAGCUGUCCUUGGAGUUGCUGUGGGCAACUGUAAAAGAAUGCGAAGAGAAAGUUGCAAGGACAAGGGAAUCUUUAAACAGAGAAGAAAGAAAAAUGGCGAGCAUUCAACGGAAACUUGAUAAUUAUGAAGAGGUUAAAAGAAAGAAGACUGAGAAGAAAGAUCAAGCCUCUGCUGUCCUUCAAGAAGCAACAGAUGCUACAGCUGAUGUCAGUGCAAAGAAGAAUAGUCUGGCAGCACAAAAGACUGCACUGGACAGGGAAGUAGCCAACAAGCAGGGUGAGGUAAGGUCAUUGAAACAAGCGAACGAUCGGUGGAAAGGCGAAAAGGCGAAAUUUGAAGAAAAAUUGGAAGAAAAGAGGAAUCAGAAUCCUGAUGAUAUCAAAAGUCAGAGAGAAGGCCUCAUGCAGAAGCUAAGAGAUGUUGAUGUUGAAAUCAAAACUGUAACUGAGCAUUUAAGCACCGCCAAUAGAGACCUGGCCACAAAACAAGGAGACGCAGAAAAUGCCAAAAAAGAACACAUGACUAUCAGGUCACGUGUUUCUGACGUUGAUGGGAACAUCAGAGACUGUAGGGAGUCGCUGAGACGAUUGUCGUCCAGUGACAAUCCUCUGAGCAGAUUCGCACAAUACAUGACUGAGAUUGUGAACACUAUCAAGAGGAGCAAGGAGCAGUUUAACAUGACACCAAAAGGACCCAUUGGUGCUUACAUUAAAUUGAAGGAGCAGAAGUGGUCCGUUGCUAUUGAGAUAUGCAUUGGUUUUGGUACACUCUGUGGGUUUGUGGUCACGUCUCAUGACGAUGAGUAUAAGCUGAAAGGAAUCAUUAGGGACAUUUGUACGAGACACCGCUCCAGAUUCAUACCGCCUGUCUUCACUAGUAGCUUCACAGGAAGACCUUAUGAUGUCUCUCGCAAUCUACCAAGGUGUCAAUAUCCAGCACUAGUUGAUAUGAUCAGUGUCAGUGAUCCUGAUAUAUUCAAUAUACUCGUGGACAUGUCAUCCAUUGACUCAAUGCUCCUUGUGGAAAACAAAGAUGAAGCUAGAAGACUCAUGGAUCGUCCUCCUAGGAAUGCAAGAGUAGCUUAUACCAUUGAAGGUGAUCAGGCAUUACAUGAUCAGUAUUACUCAGUUAAGAGAGAUCAUCGUCCCUUUGGUAUACUCCAUGCUUCAAGAGAUGACUCCAUAGCACAGCAACAAAGGUGUUUGGAGCAGCUUAACAAUGAGAAGACAGCACUUACUGUACAGGAGGCUGCUAUAAAAAACAAUGUGGACUCUAUAAUGAGAGACAUGUCUAGUAUUAAACAGUACAUCGCAUCAGCUCAGACUAGGAAACGGACUUUAAACAAGAGUAAGACUGAAGUAGACGAGAUGAUUGAAGCUCUGGACGACACGAGUCACGAGGCAGACAUUGAUACGUGGGAGAGCGAGAUAAGAGAACUCGAAGAGAAAAUAGCAACUCAAACGGAGAAGAUACAAGAAGUCCAAGACGUCAUUAAGGACAGGAGGAGGAAGCUGGCAGAGCUCGAGGAAGAGAGGAGGGUCCACGCAGAGUAUGAGAGUGAAGUGUUUGAUAGACUGGAGGCUGCUAGGGAUGAGCUUAAAAAAGCCACUGUAGAUCUAAGUCAGGCUAUGGGGCAUAUUGCCGAGGUUAAUAAUCGUAAAAGGCAGCUAGAGUCUAAAAUAGAGAGCAUAAAUGCCACUCUUCAAGAACAGAGACAGGAGACUGAGACAGUUACUAAAAUAGCCAGUGAUCUAUGUAGCAGAAUCGAUACAGACAGACCUUCUUCAAGUAUUAAGAGUGAAAUCGAGAAUAUAAAGAAAAAACUGGAUGAAGAGUCACACAGGAGGCGGAAUCAAGAGGAGGUCAGAAUUAAUUUUCUUGAGGCAAUGAAGAAUUUUAAGGAACUUGACAAAGCUAUCACUAAGGAGAAAAAAUCACUAGCUUGUUUGAAGGCAAGCUUUAGCCGUCGACUCCUCGGCUAUAAGGAGAUACGACAACGGACCGCUAGACGGGCGUGCCUUUACUUCCAGUCACUUGUUAGCAAAAGAGGAUACAAUGGAACACUGAAAUUUGACGAGAACGAGAAGAAAUUGGAAAUUAUUGUUAAAGUGAGGAAGGAACAAGCAACAAAGAACGUACGCAGCCUCUCUGGUGGAGAGCGUUCGUUCUCAACAGUCGCUUUCAUAAUUGCGCUGUGGGAAGCAAUGGAGUGUCCUUUCCGCUGUCUGGAUGAGUUUGAUGUCUUCAUGGAUCUAGUGAAUCGGAAGAUAAGCAUGCAGCUAAUGUUAGAGAUGGGACAGAGCAUGCAAGGGAAGCAAUUCAUCUUUCUAACUCCACAAGACAUGACCUCCUUAGGUAUCAAGUUUCCACCUAAUUGCGCUAAGAUUCGUCUGAAACCUCCUGAUAGGAGACAAAGGACACUGGAUGAAACUAUAUAACAAUUAAAGAGAAUAUUUAAUCACUUAGUGUAUAUGUAUGUACUAUCAUCAAUAUAUAUUUUAUUUUGUGAUUUAGGCUAAUUUAUAAGUACUGUUUUAUUAAAAAUUCAGCAACAACUGUAUUUAAUAAGAAAUAUUAGUUCCUCAAUUUACAAACAGGAAGUAAUUUA